CCCCUCUACAACACUGCUACUCCACCCCUCGACUUUCUCGUACUCUUGACCAAAUCUAAACAAGAAGAUGUUUUCGUCCCUUUUGAAAGUCGCCUUCGCCCUCAGUCUCGUUGUUUCUAUCCAAUCAAAUCUCGACGCGGAAUGGCACAGUGAAUAUGCUGCGUACAAGUGCCACAAGGGCUACGUCGGGAAGCCUGCUGGGUCCACGGAAGCGGCCCUUAAAACCUGCUCGGGCAAGGACAUCACCGCCUAUCCCUGUUUCGUCGCCUGCGUGGGGACGGAGGAGGGCAUUUACAAAGCUGGAGAAGAGCACGAGUCGGAGAGGGAGAAGGACUUAAAGGCCCUUUUUGACGACACUGCCGAAUCAAAGGCAACCAUCACCAAGUGGGUGACGGAAGCGGAGAAAUGCACGGAGAAAUUCCCAGCCGGCAAGAAGAUUCCGACCGACUUCAAGGGCGACUGCGCAGACUUUGCGCAGAUGAGAAAAUGUAUCACUGACGGGAGGAAAUGCUAACCAUCCCAUUCCUACCGAGGGCAGUUCUUAAAGUAUAUUUCACAUAUAUAAUUGAUGUUAUUUGAACAAAAUUAAAAUUAUUGGAUUUCACAAAUUUCAUGUGGUAAAGAUUCUGUAUAAAUGUUUAUGAACUUGUAAGUUUUUUAUAGAAAUUUAAAUUGUUUAUGUCGCAUAAAA